CACAGUCGGAGCAGCAGCGUGGUGACUUUGAGAAAAGUCUGAAAGCUCUCCGCCGAGGGAGCGUCCAAAGUCUACAAAGUACCUGAGCUGCUGACAAAAUGCUCGUGUUAUUUGAGACCGCCGCUGGAUAUGCAAUAUUUAAAGUCCUCGAUGAGUCCAAACUGCAGCAGGUCGACAGCCUGUAUAAGGAGUUUGAAACUCCUGAAAAAGCGAACAAAGUUGUGAAACUGAAGCACUUCGAGAAGUUUCAGGACACAACAGAGGCCUUAGCAGCUGCCACUGCCCUCGUUGAGGGAAAAAUUGGAAAGAGCCUGAAGAAGGUGCUGAAGAAAGUUGUUGCCAAGGAGGCUCACGAGCAGCUGGCCAUCAGUGAUGCAAAACUCGGCGGGGUUAUUAAAGAAAAGCUGGACCUCAGCUGUGUCCACAGCCCUGCUGUGGCUGAACUUAUGAGGUGCAUCAGGGGCCAGAUGGAGAACCUCAUCACUGGACUUCCUCCCAGGGAGAUCAGUGCCAUGUCUCUAGGGUUGGCUCACAGCUUAUCCCGCUACAAGCUCAAGUUCAGCCCGGACAAAGUGGACACUAUGAUUGUGCAGGCCAUCUCUCUCCUGGAUGACCUGGAUAAGGAGCUUAACAACUACAUCAUGCGCUGCAGGGAGUGGUAUGGCUGGCACUUUCCAGAGCUGGGAAAAAUUGUCACUGACAACUUGGCGUACUGCAAAACUGUCCGCAAAAUUGGUGAUCGCACAAACGUGGCCGGCUCUGAUCUGUCAGAUGUCCUGCCCGAGGAAAUCGAGGGCGAGGUUAAACUGGCUGCCGAGAUCUCCAUGGGAACAGAGGUGUCAGAACAGGACAUCGAAAACAUCAAGCACCUGUGUGAUCAGGUGAUUGAGAUUUCAGAUUACCGCACUCAGCUGUACGACUACCUGAAAAACCGAAUGAUGGCAAUCGCCCCCAACCUGACGGUCAUGGUGGGCGAGCUGGUCGGCGCCCGUCUCAUCUCACAUGCAGGUUCCCUUCUGAAUCUGGCAAAGCAUCCAGCCUCCACGGUGCAGAUCCUUGGAGCAGAGAAGGCUCUGUUUAGAGCCCUUAAGACCCGCAAAGACACACCCAAGUACGGUCUCAUCUACCACGCCUCCCUGGUGGGUCAGACUGCAGCCAAGAAUAAGGGCAAGAUCUCCAGAAUGCUGGCAGCUAAAGCAGCCCUGGCGAUUCGCUAUGAUGCCCUGGGAGAGGACACGAAUGCAGAAAUGGGAGUAGAGAACCGUGCCAAGCUGGAGUCCAGGCUACGCCAGCUGGAGGAGAGGGGGAUCCGAAGAAUCAGUGGAACAGGCAAAGCAAUGGCAAAGGCAGACAAAUACCAGCACAAGAGUGAAGUGAGAAUUUACGAUCCAUCCGGCGAUUCUACUAUUCCCUCCACCUCAAAGAAGAGGAAGUUUGAGGAGGUGGAGGAGGAGGAGGCUGCUGACGAGCCUCAAACGCCGCCGGUCAAAUCCAAAAAGCCCAAAAAGGAACCAGUAGCAGAAGAAGAAGAAGAAGCAGAGGAAACUCCCAAGAAAAAGAAGAAGAAAAAGAAGGACAAGAAAGCAGAGGCUGAAGCAGAGGAAGCAAAAGAGGAAGAGGAAGAGGCAGCAGUAACAGAGUCAACAGAAAAGAAGAAAAAGAAGAAGAAAAAGAAGGCCAAGGAGGAGGAAGAUGAUGACUGAAAGAGUGGAGAGUGUAUAUAUUUUAGUUAAUGUUUUAGUUUUGUGUCAUACAUUGAUAUCUAAUGAGGGCAAUGCUGCAUCGAGUGCCUGGUUCUGGACAAAAAGUUCAGGUCAAAGAACAACUUGUUUUAUAACGGAGUGUAUUUCCACUUUAAAAUGAGUGAAAAAUGUCUUUUUUCUGAAGAGAUGUGUAAUAAUUUUGCAGUCAACUGCCCUGACUUUUAUUUGUUAACACAUCUGUAUCAGACAGUAGUGGAUCAGGAAAGAUUCUCCGGUUCUCUUUUCAUUGUCCAAGACUGAACAUCCGCCCUGGUGAAAUAAACUGUCAUGUUGCUGUCA